AUGGACCACGCACACACCCCUUCGCAUCCUUCCUCAUCGCACGCUGCUCACAGUGCUGCCCUGCCCCAAGGAAACACUAACGAACUUAAUCCGAAUCCUGGAAUGUAUAUGGGUAUGCCCUGGUCCCAGCCGGCAUAUGCUCCUCAGCACUACCUUCCCUAUCCGUCUCAACACUACCUUCCGCCACCCGGCAAUGCCACAGCGCAAGGGAACGACCCCUACAGCUUUCCGCCUAACAUGGUGCCUGCCGCUGCUCCCCCAUAUGCCCCAGUCGCGUCGUCCUCGGGCGUGGGUGCUGGGAAUGCGCCUUCGCUCCCUUCACAAACUUAUCCUUAUUCUCCCCAGCUAGUCGACAUCGAGCGUUCCACAUCCAUUCAGUCUUUUGUUAAUGGAGCGUUACAUCCGGCAGUUUCGCUGCCCCAAGAACAUGCCACCGCGCCUGUUCAGUACUAUCAACCUCCAUUGCCCUCAGGAGGCUUUGCCGGGGUUCCGCCCGCUUACCAGGUCCAGGCGUUUCACCAGCAAAACAUGCCUCCGCCCAUAUCCCAACAGCCCUACCUCGCGCAGCCUAACGGUGCCGAACUCACAAUGACCUCUGCUUCCUACUCUCUGCCUCAAGCACCUGCAUCUUCGGUGUCGGCCGGUCAAAAGCGUGUCGCGGAAGAUCUUGGGGACGACAAAGCAAGCAAGAAAAGCAAGCUUCCAAAAAAGAUAUCGAAUGACCCGGAAUUUGUGCAACUGCCAGACGAGAAUGGUCGCCGGGUCAUCAAAUGCUUGAGGUGUGAUGAAAAAAUGAAUUCUACGAGCUAUGGCAAGCACAUCCAGACGUUAAAACAUCGAGGCCUCACAGAAGGAGAAUUUAUCUGCGGUUGUGGCCACCCGUAUAGCAGGAUAGAUGCUCUGGAGAGGCACUGGAAAGAUUCUCCCUGUGGCAAGAAACGCAAGAUGUGCAAACGGCCAUCCUCCUCAAUCCCUAGUCAAGGCUCGACGAGUUCCGCUUCUGCUUCGCCUGCGGCAUUCCCCACCGCUCCUUUCACCUUCCAUGCUCCUGCAGCCGACGUGUCAAUGUCCAGUGGCUCGAUGACGUCCAACGUCGCAGAGUACGUGCACAUCUCGCCCCAGGUUACGAAAUCGCAGGAAACGACCACUCCCGCGGAUCCCUUACUGUCCGCCCCUGUUGAAAGCGUAGACCCUGUUGUGACAGCCCUGUUCACGGGGUGGGCAUUGACGGAGCUAGAGAAUGUGCAAUUACCGCCUCAAGCAAAUGAGGUUCCGUCGUCGCAGGAAAUGGACGUUCUUACGGACCCCCUCUGGGCAGGCGCGUCCCCUGAUCAGGUGGCCGAAUUCAUGCAGUACUAUGACGCUCUUAUAUCCCAAGAACUCCUUCAGAAUUAGCAUCUUUCUCCUUCUGCCCCCCGUCAACGACGGGAUAUGGCGUUCGUUCAUAUUUCACUUGCGAUAUUAAUUAUCUGCUUUAUGUUUUGAUGUAUGCUGGGCACUCAUCGAUGUAUAGUGAUACUAUUUCGCUUUUCCACGAACUACACACGUUCACUUUGUACUCUAUGGCAUAGCGCAUUCCCCCACACAUUCACUUUGUAUUAUAUGGCAUAGCGCACUACUCUUCGUUCUUUAUUAGUCAGUUAUUGGCAAUAUACACAUUCAUUAUGGCUGG